AUGUCCGGCUCCGUCGGCCAAGAAAAUUGCGGGCAGGCCGCUACGCCGCUUGACCCUGAAUUCUCAUUCACGGCUCAAAGGGGAGGCUCGGUAGUCGGGUCUUCAUCAUUCGCGUCGUCCAAGUCUACAUCUACACCUACGCCAUUUCCUGCUUCGACACCUGCUCCUCCACUCUCUUCUCUUCCGCCAUGGACGGGUCGAACGAUGUUUACAUCUACGAUGAACCCUUUUCCGCCAUGCACGUUCUCGCCUCAGUCGACACCGACCUUGACGACUACGACGAAGACUGCUUCUGUCUUUACGUCUUAUGCCGGAGCUGGAGGAUCUUUCUUGACUACACCUACGAAAUCCUCGAGUUCCUUGUCUACGUCUAUCAAGUCGCCUCGCUCUCCUCCUAUCUUUACUAUGCCUGAUGCAUAUAUGCCUCGUACGACGCGCGGUACCGGGCCGGCAGUAUCCAGCCUCUUCCCGCCAGGCGAGGACAUCACUGAUGUCGACAGGCAUGCUGCUGCGUCCGGCCAGAGCGGUAUCCCACCUGUCAAAGCUGAUCCUACCGAGACCGGGACCAACUCCGUGACUACGCCCCUUACCCCGAUCAGCUCCUCCAAUCAAGACGCCCACAAUCACCUGCCGAUUGCGUUGACUGAGACCUUCUACCCGUAUUCGACCACGAAGACCUUGCCCAAUCACACUGUAGCACCGUGCAUGGCCUCGACAGCAACGCCUUGCCCGAACGCAUUGACUCCGAUCCCGGACGAGCUGAUGAUCUUGAUCUACUCAUAUUGCCCACGAUCGACGCUCUUGAACUGUAUGCUGGUGGAUCGCCGGCAGUUCUCGCUCGUGAUUCCGAUCGCUUGGAGGAUAGUACGGUCGCCAGAGACUAAUUUGAAGCAGCUGAGGGGCUUGGGGAGCCGGGCGAGAGGGUCCGAAAAUGAUCCGGAGGGUCAUUGGGGACAUGCUCGAUCGCGAGUCUACCUUGCAGCAAUCCGUAACUACGUCACCACAUCCCGAUCCCACUUCAGCGAACGUUUCAACGUUCAGGAGGAGCUGCCCUUCCUAUCGGAUCAAUGCCCUGAUAUCCGAAGGGUAGAGAUCGCAUAUGGGAAUGUGAUCCGUCUAGUUCUUCAUCGUCAAGCCGGUACGAGUGAAUGGACGGACCUGGAGAUGAUCGUCACGAACGUCACGAAAUUUAUGCAAGCGGAGGAUGACCAGAGCUACGCAUCGUGGUUCUCGGAAAUGCUCUGGCCAUGGCAAAUUUCGGAAGGACGAACUGCAUUGUCAGGCCUCCGACUUAUCCGGCUCGCAGUCGAGGACUCGAUGGAUCAUCACCAUCGGUUUGCGUAUUUUCUCGAUUGGAUUCGACCCUACACGCGUCAUUUGGGAACACUCGAGAUCGGUCCCGAGCUUUGUGGACUUGCAGAGGAUAGAAUGGUGGACAACGUCAUUUUGUUGCUUCAACUUCGACCUUCCAUUCACAAGUUGCAUCUCUGCGGUACCACUACAUCCGCCUUGGUCGCAAGGAUCAUCAACACCUCCACCUCAAACUUGGAAGAACUUGCUCUCUGCGCAUACUUACCGUCUUACGUCUUCGAGCACUCGGACGAUUAUGAUGACGAGGAAAACUCCCAGUAUCAGUCGUCGCUUAGAUCACGAUCGAUUACGGAUAAGCACCCGGAGUUGGUGCGAUCGAUUGACGCGAUUGAUCGGCUGAAAAGACUCGUACUCUACGUCAAUCCCGGAGAAAUCAACUGGCAGCUAGGUCGCUUCAAGAACGAAAAACGUGAACAUGCGCCUACAGAUUGCUUGGACAUUUUUCCCGUUCCUAAGUCAUGCCCUAUAUCGCUCGCUCACAUCGACGAUAUCGUCUUUGGCAAAGAUCCUUACCAUCCUUUUCCACACCAAAAAUGGCAUGAUCAAUGGUUGAAGGAUAUGGAAGAGGCGUUGCGCGAAAAACGGGAGAAUUCGAGGUAG